AUGACAACACCUUUAAAUCUUUAUUUAUGUUUAGAAGAUCCGCCAAAUUUUCGUAAAGAAUUAUCGGAUUGUGAAAAUUCGGUUUUUGGACUUGAAAUUACUAUAAAGAAUUUUGUCAAAUUAGCAAGAGCUAGUGCUGAACUUGCAUCCGAGUAUACGGCUAAGCAACUAAAGUUUGCCGAAGAAUUUGGAAAUUUUGCAAAACAGCAACCCGAAUCAAUUAUCAAAACCGUUUUACUAAAAUAUGCGAAUUCAUUACAAGAAGUUGAAAGAAGUCGAAAAAUUCUCCAAUCGCAUAUGUAUGACAUGUUUAUAGAACCAUUGGAAGCGUUUGCUAAAAAUGAAAUAAUACCAUUAAAGGAUAUGAAAAAAGGUACGGAAAAGGCAAGCUACGAAGUUGAUUCUGCACUCUCUAAAUAUAUGAGCAAACGACCUAGAGAUAUAACAAUUUCAGAGGCAUCCAUAGAAGUUUCAGAAACUCGAAAAGAAUUUCAUGACCGAUACCUUAAUUAUGUAAUCAAAAUAAAUGAGUUGGGGGCCAAGAAAAAAUUUGAAUUUAUUGAAUAUAUCUUGGCUUUGAUGUUUACAGAAUCAUCAUUUUAUCAUCAAUGUUACGAAAUUUUGAAAGAUAUGGAAAAUCAUAUGAAAGAUGUUACAAAAUUGCUUCAUGAGGCAAGGACAAAAUAUAACAGAGACGUUAAAGAAUCACGACAUUUAAAAAAAUCAAUUUUGGAGCAAUCCAAAGAAUCAUAUAAUCCAUUACAUUCUUAUAAAAAAUCUACAAAAGAUCCUGUGUCUUUAGGAGAGAAUUAUUCUCCUGUGACAAAAUCUGGCUAUUUAUUUAUGAAAAGAAAUCAACGAGUCAUCCAGACUUGGACUCGCAAAUAUUUUUUCAUUUCAGAUGGACAAUUAUUUUGCGUCAGCAGAGGGGGAAAAGAAGAAAAUGAGAUGGGAUCUAUAAUAUUACGUCUUUGUCAUAUUAAACCCGUUGAUAGUUUAGAUAGACGGUUUUGUUUUGAGAUAAUAUCUCCAAAUAAAACCUGUACGCUACAAGCUGAGAAUCAGAAAGAUAUGGAAGAUUGGAUAUUUUGCUUACAAACAGCAGCUCAAUACGCAUUAUAUUCCGAUUCAGUUACAAUAUUCGUGGCAGAUAGUUCAGAUCAAUUGCAGGAAUCACUGCAGGAUACUUACUUUAGUGAACAAAAUUCAAAAAGUGGAGUUAAUGGUAAUGUAAAUAGAUCAAAAAAAUCCAUUAUGCGGAUAAAAAAAUUAGCGGGAAAUGACGUUUGUGUAGAUUGUAGAUCAAAAGAUCCACAAUGGGCAAGUACAAAUUUUGGUACGUUGUUGUGUAUAGAAUGUUCUGGAAUUCACCGUAGUUUAGGUGUUCACGUCAGUAAGGUUAGGUCAUUAAUGUUGGAUAAAUGGGAACCGGAGUCGCUUGCAGUUAUGCUUAAAUUAGGAAAUUUGAAAACAAACUCAAUCUAUGAAGCAAAGCUUUCCGGUGACAAUGAAAUCAUCAUGGCUAAUUCUACUUCUUGGGAAAGGAAGGUGUUUCAAGUUACUAAAGAAAAUGAAAUUGAAGGUUCAGUAGAUUUGGCAUUUUGGGAUGCUAUGUCUAAGUCAAAUAUUUAUGAGGCUUUGAGAAAUUUAUCACUCGGAGCAAAUGUUGAUUGGAAGAAUGAGGAGAGAAAUUCUACUACAGCAUUACAUCAAGCAAUAUUAAGGAACGAUAAUGUUUCGGUAGAAUUUUUACUUCAAUGGUUUAGUGACAUCAAUGAAGUAGAUAAUGAUGGAUGGAGUGGGCUUCACCAUGCUGCAGCUACAAAUAAUUCUAGAUUGUUAUUAACUCUAAUGAAGAGACACGCUGAUAUCCAUUUAAAAGAUAGAAAUGGAAAGGUUCCAGUUGAUAUUGCAGUUGAAUUACAGCACGUACAGGCCGUGACAGCUUUAAGACUAUAUCAGUUUGAGAAUCAAUUAACUAGGAAAGAAUAUUCUACAUUUGGAGUAGAUGAAGCGUUAACAAGCGUUAAUAAGCCGCCAUAUAUUUCACAUAGUUCAUCGUCCAGCUUAGAUUUAAGAUCUCCAGUUACUGCUAUUAUAACAAAUAAUGAUAAUCAAGCUAAAAGCGCACCUACAACACCCCCGUUAUCAUCGUCAGCUUUAUUAAGUAUGGACGAUGCUGAACUAAUUAGUAAAAGUAUUAUUAUUGACGAAAUCUUUAAUGUACAAGGUGAAAAGGCGGCAGAUGAUUUAGGAAUUACUGGUUUGGUUACUUCUAGAUUUUCUUUGGCUUCUUUAAAAUUACCUAGUUUUGGAAAUGUACAAAAAGAAAGUGAAAAAGAGUAG